AUGUCUGCUAUGGAAAUUGAGACUCAGCCUUCACCCAAAAAAGAAGAAGCACAGCUAAUCAUUGAAGAAGACGAAGAAUUUGAGGAGUUCGAACUUUAUAAGAACCGAGAAGAAAUAAAUCAAGAGACCUUAAAAGAAUGGGAAGAAGAAUGGGAAGAUGACGUAAUAGAAGAUGAUUUUGCUGCCGCAUUGAGAAAUGAGUUGAAAAACCACAAUUAA